UGCAGAACUUAUUAGAAUAUAUACAUUUAGUAGCUUAAUUGCUAGCUAGUGGUCACUGGUCAGUAUAGUACUCAGUGGAGUACGUAUUACUAGGAGAGUACGUGCAUAUGCAAGUAGUAUCAACUAUGGCUAGCAUGCACAUGCAUUCAUGCAUGGGCUUAAAUUAGUUUGAUAUAUAUAAAGCUCUAGUUAGGAGAUCGCAUUCUCCAGCUGGUGGUUAUUCGCUCUGCUCUAGCUAGCUAGCUAGCUUAGCUCAACACUAUAUAGUACUGCAUGCGUUUGAUAUAUAUACUCAUCAAGAUCGAUCAUCGUGGUCGAUACAGAUUCCAAUCCAGUAGUGAUCAUCAUAUAUAUCGAUCGAUCAGUGUGUGUUACGACUGCACAAGUGCAUAAUAUAUAGAUGCAUGGCUCCCUCCCUCGGCUCCGGAUCAACAAGAAUAUUACUAAUUGUAUCAUUAUUAUUAUGCCUGCGGCAGCAGGCUGUGGUUGAUGCUGCCAUCGUGGAGCACACAUUCCAUGUGGGCAACCUGACGGUGGAGCGGCUGGGGCAGCGGCAGGUGAUAACGGCGGUGAACGGGCAGUUCCCGGGGCCCAAGGUGGAGGCGCGCAACGGCGACACCCUCCUCGUCCGCGUCGUCAACAACUCGCCAUACAACAUCACCAUCCACUGGCAUGGCGUCCUGCAGCGCCUCUCCGCAUGGGCCGACGGCCCAGCCAUGGUGACCCAGUGCCCCAUCCUCCCCGGCUCCGGCGCCGGCUCCUCCUACACCUACCGCUUCAACGUCACCGGGCAGGAGGGCACGCUGUGGUGGCACGCCCACGUCUCCUUCCUCCGCGCCACCGUCUACGGCGCCCUCCUCAUCCGCCCCCGCCCCGGCGUCCCUUACCCCUUCCCCGCCCCUCAUGCCGAGCACACCCUCCUCCUCGGCGAGUGGUGGAACGCCUCCGCCACCCUCGUCGACGUCGAGAGGCAGGCCUUCCUCACCGGCGGACAGCCCGCCAACUCCGUCGCGCUCACCAUAAACGGCAUGCCCGGCCUCUCCCACGCGCACAAGGAGAUGCACCACCUGCGCGUCGCUCGCGGCAACACCUACCUGCUCCGCCUCGUCAACGCCGCGCUCAACUACCAGCUCUUCUUCAAGGUGGCCGCCCACAACUUCACCGUCGUCGCCGUGGACGCCUGCUACACCGACCCCUACCACACGGACGUCAUCGUCAUCGCGCCAGGCCAGACGGUGGACGCCCUCAUGCACGCGGGGGCCGCGCCGGGGCGCCGCUACUACGUGGCCGCCCAGGUGUACCAGAGCAUCGCCAACGCCACAUACAGCGCCACCGCCAGGGCGCUCCUCCGCUACGACGACGACGCCAAGGACGCCGCCAAGACAAUAAUAAUGUCGCCGCGUAUGCCGGUGCUCAACGACAGCGCUACAGCGCAGCGCUUCUACGGCAGCCUGACGGGUCUGCUGCGGGACGGCAAGCCGACGGUGCCGCAGCGGGUGGACACGCGGAUGGUGGUCACCUACGGCCUCGCCAUCGCGCCGUGCUUGCCGGCGCAGACGCUGUGCAACCGGACGCGGGGCUCGCUGGCGGCCAGCAUGAACAACGUCUCGUUCCAGCUGCCGGCGACCAUGUCGCUGCUGGAGGCGUCGCGAUCGCGUUCGUCGGGCGUGUACACGCGCGACUUCCCUGACCGACCGCCGGUGAUGUUCGACUUCACGAACGCGGCGGCGGUGAACAGAAACAUGUCGUUGAUGGUGACGUCCAAGGGGACGAGGGUGAAGGCGCUGCGGUACAACGAGACGGUGGAGGUGGUGCUGCAGAACACGGCGGUGCUGGGGACGGAGAACCACCCGCUGCAUCUCCAUGGGUUCAACUUCUACGUGCUGGCGCAGGGCACAGGCAACUACUACUACCUGAUCCGCAAGAAGAAGAUCCGCAAGAACCUGGUCAACCCUCAGCAGCGCAACACCAUCGCCGUCCCCCCCGGCGGCUGGGCGGUCAUCCGGUUCACGGCGGACAACCCCGGCGUGUGGCUCAUGCACUGCCACCUGGAGGCACACCUUCCCUUCGGCUUGGCCAUGGCCUUCGACGUCCAAGACGGCCCCACCCCCGACGCCAUGCUCCCCCCGCCGCCAAACGAUUACCCCCCAUGCUAAAUUAAUUAAUUAUACUCCACUAGUAUGCAAUUACAUUAAUUAUUACUAAUGCAUGCAAACGGAGAACUCCUAUAUGCUAGCUAGUACAAAACACAUCGAAUUAAUUUCAUUUCAUUUUUGCCAUGCAGCAAUAUAUUCAAGGAUCGAUCAUGCA